UCUUCCGCCGCAAGGAAAAGAGUGCGAGUGGUUUUAUUCUCAAAGGCUAGGUGUUUGACGACAUUAGACGAGUGACUAUUGAGACGUUAAGAACACAUAACGAACAUGGGCCUGAUCCGGCGAAGUUCGGCCACUGUAGCUGGUCUAUACUGUACAUUUGUCACAUUACUGGUAGUGUGCAUCUUUAACUUCAGCGUCACAAACAACACACUGCCCAUAAAUGUUUCGUAUGGAGCCGUCCUCAUUGUGCUCUCAACUCUCAGCAUCAUUGUCGGUAUAUCUGCCGAGCACCCUGAAGAAAGCGUCCUCCGAUCCUUUCAGCUCUGUCUCGCUGCCAUGUGGGGCAGCAUUGGCAUCUAUCACGUGACCGAAGGCACAAACCCACAGGGGGUGACAGACUCCCAGGCACUGUGGGCAGGAUACGGCGCCUUCCUCCUAAUAUUCCUCCUAUUCGUCAUUGGGUCCCUUCAGCACAAGGCAAAGUUUGCAGCAGUUCUCUCCCUUGGUUUCUUUCUCUCCUGCAUUUUCGAGAUUGCCUCCCUUUGGCGACCUCUCCGCUCGAGCGCCGGUUCGUACUACAUCCUCCUUGCCGCCCUCACCCUCUACAGCAUCGCCAGCAACCUCAUCACCAAGCUGAAGAAACGAGACGACAAAGAUAACGUGGAACCCCAAACCCACAGCCAAGGUCACUCGAAAGAUUACAUCCCCCUUGGUCAUGCAAUGGACACGCUGGCCUUUGCUAUAUUUGCUGGACACGUGACGGGUAUCUACAACAACCCCAGGCAGGAGUUCAUGUGGGUCGUAUCAGCUGGCAUCUUCCAAUCGGUCGCCGGCGUCGUCGCUGUCCGUCGUUCCGACGCCUACAACGGCUGCCUCUUCUUUAUCCACAGCAUGUUCUGGAUGGCCAACGCGUACACCCUCACGAUCGAGUAUGCCAUGGCAACCACAAUGCCUCCACUUAUAGCUGUUCAAGUCAUCUACAUCAUCACUUUCUUCUGCAUCUCGAUUAUCUCCCUUACCCGCGAAAUCUACCAAUUCCUUCAACACCUAUCUCUCUGCAUCAUGUGUAUCGCGUUCUGCGUCAACGGCUUCUCCGGCGUCUUCCUCGGUGCCAUGGGCUGGAUCAGCUUCAUCUUCUCCCUAUACGGACUCGCCGCCCACAUAAGUCGACUCCAGAACGGUUCCUUCAAGAUACCGCUUGGUGUCCGAUGUAUUGAGACGGCAAAACUGAAGAACUUCCUCGUAAACAAAUGCCGCUGUUGCGCCGUCUGCAUCUACGGAAGGCUGAAGGAGUCGGGAGGACGUCGUAGUAGCAGCCUUUUCUCCUCCAGUGAGAUGUUGGGCUUCUCGAAGUAUCUAGACCUCGAUAGUGUGGGGUUUGCCCUCAAUGCUGUAUCAGCUCUUGCAGUUGUCUGGGCGCCUUUCGGACCAGCAGUUAUGCCGUGGGUGAUCGGCUUCGGCGGCAUUCCUCAGAUGGUUGUGGCAUCCAUUGCCUUCGCAAGAGGUCUGACAGUGGAGAGCUGUGCAUUCUUCACAUUCUCCUGCCUCUGGUUGAUAUGGGGACCUGCUCGUGGACUAGGCAUUCUCGUCCUGGACAACAGCGUGGCUGCUGCUACUGGUUGUAUUGCCUUCCUCUGUGUGGGCCUCCUCAACCUUGGUUUGGCUGCCCUCAUCAACAAGGCAUGGUUCCUCAUCUGUGCUGUGUUUGAGCUUGUCGUCCUUGCCUUCCUGUUGCGCGUUCUCGCCGUCCCUGGCGUCAGUGUCUACGAGAUCGUCAUCAUCAUCAUCUUCGUCAUCGUUUGCGUGUACUGCUUCGCUGCCUCCGCUCUGAAGACUGUGUGGGGCCGGGACGUCCUUCCCCUGGGUAAACCUCUCCUCCAGGUCAGCUAUAUCCAUUCUCAAGGGGACAGGGCAAUAUGGGCAGAUGCGAAAAAGCAAAGCGGAGUUAACACAAUUGGAGAGAUAAUGAACAAGGGUGGCAUCUGUGGAAUUCCAACUGAUGUGGUGUAUGUGCUGGUCGCUGCUGUCAAGUUUCCGAAGUCAGUCGAGAGGGCCUACAAGUCGAAGAAGGAGGCUGAGGACAGACCUAUGUCAAUGUGGAUCUCCCGGAGAGAACAGAUCGCUGCAGGGCGUCCUUUGUUCGGGGAGCUGCUGUGGGACUUCAUGGAGGAGAUCUGGCCAGGCACUGUCAGUCUUGUGCUGCCUAAAGGACCCUGGCUGGACAGUCUGGGUAUUGGUUAUGCAGAGAAGUACAUCGGCCGACCCGACAGUAUCGCCACCCGUAUGCCCGACAACACCGUCACUUCCGCCCUCCUCGACAUCUGCGGCCCCGUAGCCUCCACUUCCGCCAACCCCACCGGCGAGGCUGACACCACCCACCAUCUCCAAGUACUGGCUAAACUUGGACUUGAAAACUGUGACGGGAUUCUGUGCAGUGGGCCAGCUCCAGAGAACUCGGCCUCCACCGUCGUGGAUUGUCGGAAUAUCGACAAAGGGCAGCUCGGGUUCUUUCGUAUCGGGAUCGUCAAGAGAACCUUUGUGGAGUCGGUGUUCGAGGGAGUUCUCAACUCUCACCGAGGGAAGAAGAUUGGUCUCCCAGCGUCUCCGUCCAACGCCAGUCUCGGCAGCCGGGACAGCGGCAUGGGCGGCGGUGACGGCAACAAUACCGAUUCAUCCAACAAACAGGCUGACUCCGAUAGCGGAGGUGGCCAUGACAACCCAGCAUUUGAAGACGACACCGUCUCCAUCCCUCUUGACGAUGUCACUACGGAGGCACAGGUUUAUGAAGAGCAGAUAGGCGGUAGAGCCAACCCAUCGUAUGACGAGGAAGACUUCUCAACCAUUGCUGGUUCCGAGACAUACUCCAGAGACAACCCUUACGACGAGGCCGCACCAGCGAUUCCCGGCCGAGCCUCUCUGAAUGUAGAACUUGGCUCGGCAAGAUCCGGUGAUCAGAAUCCCUAUGAACCUAUAGCUCGAUUUUCGGGCGUCCCUUCUGUGAAGGCUUCCAGACAGAUUGGCGGUAAAAAGUCAUACAGUUUUGGCGGCUCUGAUGCACAUGUCAGGCUCAAUCCUGUAUAUAAAGAUAAAUGAUAAAUGUGGACUCCCGUUCAUUGAAACAUGCUAGUCUGUGAUUUCCUGCCUCAGCUGAUAUUAGUAAUAACAAAGAGUAACAUUAAUCUUCCCGAGGCCAGAGUACGUUCACACCGUUCACAAUGUUCAGACAAGUUCGUGACUGACAAUAAUGGGCAUUGAGUUAUAUCUUUUUACAGUUGCUCAACAGCUUCUCAACUUGUCAUUGGAGAAUGGUUUGGAGAAAGUCUCGUUUUAAUAUUGCACGACUCUACCACCUGUACAUAUUCAACACAGUUAUUAGGGGGAGGUAGGAUAGCCCAGUGGUUAAUGCGUUCGCUCGUCAGGCUGUAGACCCGGGUUCGACUCCCCACAUAGGUACAAUGCGUGAAGCCCAUUUCUGGUGUCCACCGCCGUGAUAAUGCUGGAAUAUUGCUAAAAGCGGCGUAAAACCUUACUCACCCACUCACUCAAUACAGUUAUAUGUUAUGUAGCUCUCUGAAGACCCUUCUACCCACAUGAUGAUGUUGUUAUUUUAUCUUUGUUUUACUUAAUCAAAACUAUUUAAUGGUGUUCUCUGAACUCUCUCCAACUGAACUGUUUAUGAUUUUGGAAUGGAAUCCUUGUAAAUAUGUAAAUAGUUCACGGUUGUACAAACUUACACAGUCAGGUGUUUGCAGUCGUUGUGAUUAUGUCAGCAGCAUAGCACAAGCUUGUUAAAAAUCCUGAUAGGGAUCAGUUAUAGCAAAAUGCCUUCUAUGACAAACACUAGUCCAAGAGAUCUGAUAACUCACAUAUCACAUCUCUGUUCAGAUUGCCACCCAGUCAGAUAUAACGAACUUAAGGCAUUUGAAGUUGCAUACGCGUUGCAAAUUGGACGAAUGAAUAUGAAUAAAUAUAAUAUGUAUAACACGCUGUUUUGUAUGUAUUUUUAUACUGUUGCAAUGUGUAUUUCACAAUAAAAUAUGAGCUUGAAAUGA